CUCUUUUUUUCUUCUACAAAACUUAGUAGAUCAUAAGGAGAGAGUGCUCUAAUAUUAAUUAUUCACAUAGAUGGCUUCUUUUGCUUCUUCAGCAACCAAAAUUUACUAUACUAAAAACAGGUUUGAUCAUGGCAAAGAUGAUCAACCUUAUUUUGGAAAGGUGAAAAUCAAUGAAAAAAACAAGAAAAAUCUGGACUUGAAAUUGGUUACAAACGUUGCCGCCAGCCAAUUGCCUGUGAUUGUUCCACCACCAGACCAACAGGUGAUUAAGGAGGAGAAGAAGCUCGCAGCAUGGAUUAGCGUCCGCCAAGAAAGAUGGGAAGGAGAGCUCAUCGUUGAAGGCGAGUUACCAUUGUGGCUGAAUGGCACGUACCUGAGAAAUGGUCCAGGACAAUGGCACAUAGGGAACUACAAUUUCCGGCACCUAUUUGACGGCUACGCCACCUUAGUCCGACUUCACUUCGAAAACGGACGGCUAAUAAUGGGUCACAGGCAAAUCGAAUCCGAGGCAUAUAAAGCAGCAAAAACCAGUAACAAAAUAUGUUACCGAGAAUUUUCAGAAGUACCUAAGCCAGACAAUUUCUUAUCAUACAUUGGUGACAUGGCAAAACUACUCUCCGGUGCUUCCUUAACCGAUAACGCGAAUACUGGAGUCGUUAAGCUCGGUGAUGGCCGAGUAGUUUGCCUAACGGAGACCAUAAAAGGGUCAAUAGUGAUCGAUCCAGACACACUCGACACGUUAGGGAAAUUCGAGUUUAGUGACUCGUUAGGCGGGUUAAUUCAUUCAGCUCAUCCAAUUGUUACGGAUAGGGAAUUGUUGACAUUGAUACCAGAUUUGAUUUACAAUGGAUAUGUAGUGGUGAGAAUGGAAAAAGGAAGUAAUGAGAGGAAGUUUAUAGGGAGAGUGAAUUGUAGAGGAGGACCAGCACCAGGUUGGGUCCAUUCGUUUCCAGUAACGGAACAUUAUAUUAUUGUGCCGGAGAUGCCGCUAAGGUAUUGUGCACAAAAUUUGUUAAAGGCUGAGCCCACACCACUAUACAAGUUUGAGUGGCACCCUCAUUCCAAAGGCUUCAUGCAUGUUGUGUGUAAAGCUAGUGGCAACAUUGUGGCAAGUGUGGAAGUGCCAUUAUUCGUGACAUUCCACUUCAUCAAUGCAUACGAGGAAAAAGACGAAGAUGGUAGAGUUACUGCUGUUAUUGCAGAUUGCUGUGAACAUAGCGCCGAUACCACUAUCCUUGACAAGCUCCGUCUUGAGAAUCUCCGCUCCUUCAACGGCAAGGACGACGUCUUGCCGGAUGCAAGGGUUGGGAGAUUCAGAAUACCAUUAGAUGGGAGUCCAUAUGGAGAACUAGAAGCAGCAUUGGACCCAAAUGAACAUGGAAGAGGCAUGGAUAUGUGUAGCAUGAAUCCUGCUUAUUUAGGCAAGAAAUACAGAUAUGCUUAUGCUUGUGGUGCUAAGAGGCCUUGUAAUUUCCCAAACACCCUCACUAAGAUUGACUUGUUUGAUAAAAAGGCAAAGAAUUGGUAUGACGAAGGUGCGGUGCCUUCUGAACCCUUUUUUGUGGCUCGACCUGGUGCAACCGAGGAAGAUGAUGGAGUUGUAAUCUCAAUGAUCAGUGACAAAAAUGGAGAAGGAUAUGCUCUAAUACUGGAUGGAUCAACAUUUGAAGAAAUUGCAAGAGCAAAAUUUCCUUAUGGUCUUCCCUAUGGGCUGCACGGUUGUUGGGUUCCAAAGAAAUAGUAUCACCCACAUCCCAAACAGUGUUACUAUAUGAUAGCCCAAUAUACCUUACAAGUCAAUAAUAAGAUAGUGAAAUUUCCAGUUCUUGAAUAGCUAAUGCAGUAUUUUGUGCAUAUUCGCUCUCAGUAAUAGAACAUUUUACCCAUA